AUAAAAAAGAAGAAGACGCAGAAGUAGAAGCUAUUUUGGUCCGCACUCCAUUCUAGAAGGUGGCGGUAAUUCACAAAAGUUGUUUGCCAACAGAAGAAGAAGUAGUUAGGUCACGGAAGCCGUCAGGCAGUCAACGGGAGAAAGGUUUAUGUAUUCGGAUGUAGUGUCUGCAGAAUGCGGUGAUGCCCCUGGAGGUCAGAUGGCCAUUCCCACAAUGCCCUGCUUUGGCAUGGCGGGUCUCCAGUUCACUGAUCAUGGGCAUGGUGGGCUCAUAUUCUUACUUCUGGAUUAAAUACAUGAACUGUCUGACGGUCCACAACCGUGAGGUUCUGAUUAACCUGAUUGACCAGAGGCCUUCUGACACACCUCUUAUUACUUUGUCAAAUCACCAAUCCUGUAUGGAUGAUCCACAUAUUUGGGGCAUGCUCAAGCUCCGACAGUUGUGGAACUUCAACAAAAUGCGGUGGGCCCCAGCAGCAUCUGACAUCUGCUUCACAAGAGAGCUGCAUUCCAGAUUCUUCAGCUGUGGAAAGUGUGUUCCCAUCUGUAGAGGUGAUGGUGUUUACCAGAAAGGAAUGGAUUUUAUUCUGGAGAAACUGAACAAAGGAGAAUGGGUACACAUUUUUCCAGAGGGCAAAGUCAACAUGACUGAAGAAUUCAUUCGGUUAAAAUGGGGUGUGGGUCGGUUAAUAGCGGAGUGCUCCCUUAAUCCGAUUAUCCUGCCGCUCUGGCAUGUGGGUUUGAGCGACGUUCUACCCAAUGUGACGCCCUACAUUCCUCAGACUGGCAAGAGAAUUACAAUCCUGGUGGGUAAACCGUUCAGUGUGAAGGAACUUCUCCAUUACCUCCGAGCUGAAAACAAGAGCCAGUUGGAGAUGAGGAAGACAUUGACUGAUUUCAUCCAGGUGGAGUUGAGGAGUCUGAAAGCCCAGGCUGAGGCUCUCCACAAGCAGAUACAGACCAAAUCCUGAGUCUCAGCCAUCCUGCUUUGUGUGCUGCAACCCACAUAGCCAACAGGACUGAGGGUAGUACCUUAGCUACCCUGUUUAUAUCUCCUUUCUCUUCCUCAUACCCACACCACCACACUGAGAAUCCACCAUGUCAUGACAUGCUUCUGAACAUUUUGGACAAUUACAUCUAUCUUGAAUUUGGGUGCACCAUAAACUCUUUUGUAAUUCAGUCAUUUUUAAAAGCUGGUAUCAUGUUUUUAUUUAUUUCCGCAAAUUCAUUUACUAGGAUAGACUAUAAUCCACUGUUAAUCAAAACAGGAUUAAGUACUUUAGGAAGUGGAUGGACGAAUGAAUGAGUUAGUUGAAUUUAUACCAGUCAGUGCUGUGUGACAUGUAUGCCUCCAAACUGGUCCAGAAGAGUAAAAGAACUUGAAUAUUUGUAGUUUUUAGACCUAUUUUCUACAGUCAGGUAGGGCAUGACGUAUGAAUCAUGUUAGUCAUUUAACUUAUUUAAGAUACAGAGCCUUGUUACAGCUGUUAAACCGCUGGUACCAUCAACCCAGCACAGCAUAAUAAAAUUAAAUCAAUUUUGGACAAUUCACCACCUCACAGUUUUUGUCCAGCCCAGUGCCAAUGCAGGGAGUAGUGCGUCCUAUUGUAUGUAGCAAGGUGGAAAGUAAGGGAGUGAAGGAUGGGGUGAAUGGAGGACAGGUAUGUACCAAGUCUGACUUUAUAAUGCUUGACACCAGAAUUGCCCAAACAUCACAAACUCGCAAUGAAU